AUGGCGACCGAUGCUCCUCCUCAACCGGCCGGCGGUGCUCCCGCGAGGCAGCCUGCCGAUCUCCCGACCGGCGACAAGCCGUCGGUUUCAUCAGAGUCCCGCGCCGAGAGCGCAGCCCAGCCCGGUUCUGCAGAGGACAAACAACAGGGCGGUCGACGCGGCGACCGGCGCGACGACAGGCGCGGCGGAAAGUCGCGCGGACCGAAAAGGAAGCACGAUGUCGGUCGCUCUGCUUGGAGCCGUGAGGCCACCGACAAGCGCGGACGCAAUUCCGAGUACCAAGAAUUCAAGCGUAGGAAGGUAGACAAGGACGGCAACCCCGAGGCCGUAGAGAACCCCUUCACCGCCGAAGAGAUCGCCGCCGAGGGGCGCAAGCCGAAGCGAAAGGUCGCCGUGAUGGUCGGAUACUCGGGCACGGGCUACAAGGGCAUGCAGAUCAACAAUGAGGAGAAGACAAUCGAGGGAGACCUGUUCAAGGCCUUUGUUGCCGCAGGUGCCAUCUCCAAGGCCAACGCCGACGACCACAAGAAGUCGAGUCUGGUCCGAUGCGCGAGAACUGACAAGGGCGUCCACGCGGCUGGCAAUGUCAUCAGCUUGAAGCUCAUCAUCGAAGACGAGGCCAUUGUCGAGAAGAUCAAUGCCGCUCUACCCGACCAGAUCCGCGUUUGGGGUAUUCAGCGCACCAAUAACUCCUUCAGCUGCUACCAGACCUGCGACUCAAGAUGGUACGAGUACCUCCUACCGACGUACUGCCUACUCCCCCCUCACCCCGACAGCUGGCUGUGGAAACAGUUGGUCGAGGCCGCGAAGGAAAAGGGCUACUAUGAAGAGUUUCAAAAGAAGCUUGCCGAUGUUGAGGGCUACUGGAGGAAAGUCGACGAGGAGGACAUCAAGCCGAUCCUCGACAAGCUCGAUCCCGAGACUAAGGCCAAGGUGAUGGAGAGAAUACACGCCGACGAGGAUGCGACCGCACAGGCGGAUGAUGCCAAGCCGGCCCCUGAGACCAAGACUGAGGAGACACCGGUUGAACCCGCGACCGAGGAGAACAAGACUCCCGCAGAGGUGCCUGAGGGAAGCGUCAAACCCAAAAACCGCGACCUCACCCCCCUCGACUUCGCCCUGCGCGAUAUCAAGGCCGCCUACAUCGCCGCCAAGAGGCGGUACCGUGUAACCCCCGAGCGCCUCACCCAGCUCCAGGAGGCGCUGAACAUGUACUGCGGUACAAUCAACUUUCACAACUACACCGUCCAGAAGAGCUUCAAGGACCCCUCGGCCAAGCGUCACAUCAAGUCCUUCAAGGUCAACAUGCAGCCGAUCCAGAUCCGCGACACCGAAUGGGUUUCCACCAAGGUUCACGGCCAGAGUUUCAUGAUGCACCAGAUCCGCAAGAUGGUCGGCAUGGCUUCUCUCGUCGUCCGCUGCGCUACCCCGCUCGAGCGCAUCAAGGAGAGCUACGGCCCCACGAGGAUCGCCAUUCCCAAGGCGCCUGGACUGGGUCUUCUCCUGGAGCGCCCCGUGUUCGACGCGUACAACAAGCGUGCGCAGGAUAACUUUGGCAAGGAGACGAUUGACUUCACAAAGUACGACGAGAAGCUGCAGGCUUUCAAGGACAAGCAGAUCUACCAACGCAUCUUUGAGGUUGAAGAGCAGGAGAAUACCUUCCACAUCUUCUUUCAGCAGGUGGAUAACUUCAAGUCUGACUACUUCCUGUGGCUUACGGCUGGUGGCAUCGAGGCUGGUGGUGUCCGAACUGGAAAGGAAGAAAAGGGAGGCAAGACUCUCGAGGCGGAGCUUGGCGACGAGGAUGAAGAUCCUGUGAACGGUGACGGUUAA